CUAAUGUGUACUUGUGGAACAUAUCACCCAGUAACGAAAAUGGCCGUUCCACUGUUAAUACUGUCCAUACUUGUAACAUCAGUUCUCAGUCAAAGCUGUAACAUUAGAGAAACAGACGAGGGAAGUGUCUGCGUCUGCAAUGCAAAAUACUGUGACACUGUUCCAGAAUUGGAUGUAUCUACUGGAAAAUAUCAACUGUAUUCUACCAGCAAGACCAAAUUAGGAUUCUACAGCACCACCGGAUCUUUCGUCGAAAGUACUGAUGGAGAAGAGAGCUCCAUCACUGUCGAUCCAGAUACGAAGCAUCAAAAUAUCAUAGGAUUUGGUGGGGCUUUCACAGACUCUACAGGUAUCAACAUAAAGGGACUACCAGAAGAGGCUCAAAAAAAUUUAAUCGAAAGCUAUUUUGGUAGCAGCGGUAUUGCAUAUAAUUUGUGCAGGGUUCCCAUUGGUGGAACUGACUUUUCAACAAGAGGAUAUUCUUAUGAUGAUGUUGAGGGUGACGACACGUUGGAACAUUUUGCGCUUCAACAGGAUGAUUUGGAUUACAAGAUUCCCUUUAUCUUACAAGCAAAGGCAUUGAGAAACGACAAUAUUAAACUAUUUGCCUCUCCUUGGUCAGCGCCAACUUGGAUGAAAACGAAUAACGAUUGGUCUGGCAUGGGCAGACUUAAAGAUGAAUACUAUCAACUUUGGGCCGAUUACAUUAUGAGGUUUUACGAAGAAUACGAUAAGAAUAACAUCUCCUUCUGGGGUAUGACUACGCAGAAUGAGCCUAGUGCUGGAUUCGCAAUCUCUACGAAAGUUAAUUGUAUGGGCUGGUCGCCCUCACAAAUG